AUGGAGGUGACGUGGGAGGAAAUUGAAACGAACUCGGAAAAAGAUUAUGAGCUUCAACUAGUACGAGUAGCUAUUCAGUUGGAUCAGUGGUCUCCAGAGCUUCGUAGAUAUGAAGCUCAAAAGAAAUAUCUUAAUUUCCUGGGUUUCCUCAUUUUUAAGGAUAACAGAGUCGUCUUACCGAAAUCUCUCCAUCAGCGUGUUAUGAACACAGCACAUGGGGGACACGUCGGCGAAGUAGCGAUGAAGAGAAUCAUGAGAGAUUUCUUCUGGUGGCCUGGAAUGUCAGCAGAUGUAGAGAAAUUCGUAAAAGGAUGUGAAACGUGCAUUCGCCUUUCAAGAAAGAAUCCUCCAGUUCCUCUCAGCAGUAGAAUAUUGCCAGAUGGUCCAUGGCAAAUACUACAAAUCGAUUUUCUCUCGGAACCGGGAUUUGGAUCGGGAGAAUUUUUGGUGGUGGUGGAUAUCUUCUCUCGGUAUUUAUCAGUAGUAGAGAUGAAACACAUGGACGCCGACAGCACGAAUGCAGCGCUUUGCCAGAUAUUCCAGAUUUGGGGCUGUCCUUUGAUACUCCAAAGUGAUAACGGUCCUCCUUUCCAAAGCGCGGCGUUCAUCAAAUUUUGGGAAGACAAGGGCGUCAAAGUACGCAAGUCUAUUCCGCUUAGCCCUCAAUCCAACGGAGCUGUGGAGAGACAAAACCAAGGAAUUACUAAAGCACUCGCAGCGUCCAAAAUUGAAAGAACGAAUUGGAGAAGAGCUCUCCAACUCUAUACUCAUAACCAUAACACUCUGGUUCCGCACUCGAGAUUGGCAGUGACCCCAUUCGAGCUAAUGGUGGGAUGGAAAUUUCGUGGUAUUUUUCCUUGCCUAUGGAGCAAUACAAGUAAGAUGCUGGAUCACACUGACAUCCGGGAACGAGAUGCUGAAACGAAACUAGUUAGUAAAAAGGACGCAGAUUCAGCAAGAGGAGCGAAAACAUCAGAUAUACGGAUUGGAGAUACUGUGUUCUUAGCUCAACUCAAGAAAUCCAAGACUGAUCCUGUGUUUUCAUCUGAGCAGUACAAAGUCGUUGCAAGAGACGGUCCAAAAAUCGUUGUAAUGAGCAGAAGCGGCAUUCAGUAUGCACGUAACGUACAAGAUGUCAAAAGGGUCCCCAUGGUAACACAAAGUGAUGAAAUUUCCGCGAGCGUUUUUCCGUCCGAGGAGGAUGAGUUGCUGGUUUUUCCGGAGGGUAGUAGUAGUAUUCCUGCACAAACACAUCCGAACAGAACCGUCGAUGUUCCACCGCUUGAUGAUUCUAAUGCUGAUCUGGGUUUGAAUCCGGUACCGCAAGCAUCUGCUUCGAAAGGACUACGACGACGAGAGAUCAUCAAACGACCAAGCAGAUUCGACAAUAAUUUUGUGUACGCAGUUUUUCAAUAA